AUGCUUGAUGCACAUCACACAACUCCUGGAUCAAUCCGACGGACGGACAAUUUGCGGGGAUUUUUCGAUAAACCCUUCUCGAACCUAUUGAAGCGGGUUUUCGGCUAUGGCGACUUUGAAGCGUCGUGGCUCAACAUUGUUACUAAGGGCCGUGACGCGGAUGCACGCGCCCUGGUCGAUCUGUUGGCGCCAGACGGGAAGCUGUUUGCGGCAAUGGCCCAGGCGGACAGCGACGAUCUCGUCCAGUACAUCUUUCCAACGGAGCGCCUGCCAGCGCACACACAGGAGUUGCUCAAGGAGCCGCAGGGAUACGGUCUACGGCUGCUGGACGCGUGGCCCCAGUACCGGGGCCGCAUCCGAGCUGACCCAGCGGGCCGACCACAGGUUUAUCUGAACCUGUUCGAGUACUUCAUGUUUUGGACAGCCUUCUACGUGCUGAGGGGAAGCGCCUCGGAUAACAGCAGGAGCGACCCUCGUGCACCACCCGGCUCCGCGUCCUCGUCUAUGAUGUACGGCAUGAGCGGAAUUCGGAGCGUGGGGUCGGCCAUUGUGGGCAACCUCAUACUGGGUCGACCUGCUGGGGGACUCCAGAGCCACCCCUACUACUGCUUAUUGAAAACGUACCUGGAGUAUUUCUUGCCAAGGAGUGGGGGCGGAGUAAAUGGCACUGGAGCAGAGGGCGCUGCAGGCGUAUCGCGUGCUGCACAAGCCGCAUCCGCGGCCGCAGCGGCGGGAACCAUGGGCGGCGGCAUGGGAUACGGCCUUGGCCUGUCUAACGGCGCUGCCGCCGGCGGCGCCGUUGGUUGGGCAUCAUACAAACCGACGUUGACGGCCGCGGCUGCUGGGCCUGAGAGCCGCAGUGCCGUACUGCUGUCAAUCUUGGUGGAGUUCUGGCUUACGGACCUGGCGGAGCCACUGCCGUCCCCAAACACGGACAGGGCCAGCUGUGUUGUACUACCCAGUGGCGUAGUAGGGUCGAUUGGCGGCCUAGGCGUGGGCAGCGGCCUAGGCGCCGCCAUCGGAUCACCCGCUGGCGCCGUUGGCUUGGCUGGCAGUGCCUCACCUGUGCCGGUACCCGUGUCCGCGCCCCCUAACGUCAGGAUGCUGACGUAUCAGCCUCCCUCCGAGGAGCUGGUAGAGGGGCUGGUGGCGUUGGUCCGCUACGUCCAUGUAGUGGAGCAGGACCCCACGCAGCCCUGGGCGGGGCCGAGCGGGACUGGCGGGCGGUCGCCCGUUGCCAUUGGCAUGUCACCAUCGUCUGCUGCCGCCAGCGCGGCCGCUGCCGUGCGGUCGUCCGUUGGCAACGUCGGCCGCCGCGCCAGCGGCGGCGGUAACGGCUGUGGCUUUGGCGGCAUACCGCAGCGGCCCCCGCAGUUCCAGUUACAGCCGGCGCAGGUUGGCCGGGCGCCGUGGUUGCCGGAGACGCCGGUGAAGACGCCGCCACCACCACCGCCGCGGCUGCUGAUGCCGCCGACGGCGCUGCUCGUUCAGGGCAACAGCGCCACCCCUGCGGUGCAAGCUGUGUCACGAAAGGUGUACCGGCAACUAAGACGUGCUUUUUCGCAGUGGCCGCCAGGUUCCCCCAACUCCCUGACGCCGCUCAUCUCUUUGUGGCUGUCCGUACUGGCGCCCUGGUGCCCGCCGUACGCGCACUCGCGUAAGGCGGUUGCCGUGGACAGCGCCGCCACAGCCGGCGGCAGCGGCGUGAGUGCCAUGGCUGGAGGCGGCACUGCUGGCGGGGCUUGCGCUGCCGGCGGCCUCCGGCACCACAACCAGCAGGACGGUGUAGGCGCGCUGGGCUCAGCUGCUGCGGCUGCAGCGGGGAUGAUGGAGGCAACGGCGGCCAAACUGCAUUUGGGUGGCGGCAACGGUGUCAAGGACCGGGAUCGAGACCUGGCGGGAGCAACAUCUCGAGAGGUGAUUUCGCAGUACAAGUACACAUCCGCCUGGCGGGGACACGUGUUGGCGCACCUGCCGUUCUACCUGCUGCUGCUGCCCCAGUUCGCCUCGCUGUCGCUGUCACGCCUCAAGUACCGGCCUGACGUGGCGCUGCGGGACCUGGACCGCGUGCUGGCGGUACUGGCGGCGGCAGGGCCAGAGCUGCUUCUGGAGCUGCGCACUGCGGAGGCGGCGCUGAAUGACUUUCUGCGGCCGGCAGCGGCGGGGGGCCGGCGACGCAGCGAGGGCGAGCUUGGGGAGAUGGUGCCGUGGUGGCUUGAGCAGGCGAGUGGGGGCGUCGCCCAGGACUUCGAGAUGGCUGCGGCAGCUGGCUCCUCCCCUCCUGGCGCGGUGCAGCCUGACGUGACGGGCCGCCUGUUUACCAUUGACUCUGCGGGUGCGGCCUACACCGCCUGCCUGCUGCUGCGAAGUGCCGAGACGCUGGGGCGUCCCGAGUUGGUGGCGGCUCUGCGGCAGUCGGCGAGUGCGGUGCUGCCCCUGGACUCCAUCCUGCCGGCGGCUGCUGAGGCCGAGCAGGGCGGCCGGCAGGGCGAAGGGGCUGCUGAAGGGGCACUGGAUGCGCGGCGAUUCCCCCGAGCAGGCCGGUGGAGCUCUCACCUGACGGCGCUGGUACAGCAGGACCCUCGGUUGGCCGACCCGCGCCGGCUGUGGGCCCACAUGUACCGUGGCCAUGACGGUCGCCACGACCCGCUCUACCGCCCCAUCGCCUCCAAUGAGGCCCCUUGGCUGGUGCGGCCCCUGGUGCUGGCUUCCACACGGAUCAAUGUGGCUCUGGGCCUUGAUGCGCCGUACCGCCCUGGGGAAGAGGAGCUCGACCCGCCGGAGCACCUGGGCCAGCUGGCGUUGCUGUGGGCGCGGAAGCGCGGAUACAGGGUUAACCUGCGGAUCUUUGCAGAGGUGCAAACGCUGGUCUGGCUGAUGGUCCUCUGGUUGCUAGUGUACUCCGCUUGGCGCAUGUUGGGCGGAAGCGGUUCCGGAGCCGGCGGUGGUGAUGUCAUCCAAGGCAGCCCGUACGGGAGAGCACAAGCGGACGCGUAUGCCUACCAGCAAGAUAGCUCGGGCAAUUUAUACGUCUCGAGCGAAGGCGUCGGCUCCUUACAUUCACACUACCAUGGAGCAUAUCACCAGGCGCAUGAGGAUCACUCCUAUCCGGCGGACUCCGGGGAGAUGCCGGAAGGCGGUUACAGGUUUAGGACAUAG